GCUCCCGUCUGAGAUCCUGAUCAAGAUUCUGUCGUACCUGGACGUGUCGUCGUUGUUCUGCGUCAGCCACGUGAGCCGACUCCUCCACCAGCUCUCCAACGACAACAUCUUGUGGCAGAAGAUUUACGAGGCAGAGUUCGGGAGUCACACCUGGAAGCCGAGCUCAGCUGAGGAGGAGGAGGAAACGGCGGAGGAGGAGCAGAAGCAGGAGGAAGAGGAGUGUAUGGUGAGCCGAUGGAAGAAGAUGUAUUUCAACACGGUUGCCAGACAAGAGAUAAAGAAGUGGAGGAGAGACCUGAAAGAUGUGAACCCUUACACCGGCCUGCCCAAUCAGACCGAGUGGGUCCUCAG